ACUUCCUAGCUCUAUUUAUCAUUUGACAGGAUCUUCUCUUCUCUCUUCAUAUAAAUACAUACCAUUUCACCAACCUAGUUCUGCAAUAAAAACUAUCACAAAUCCAUGACUUUAAUUCACAAUUCCUCACUCUUGUGAUCUAUCUAAUUUUACUUAUCCCAACACUUAACAUUCGCAAAAAUGGCAAGGAAAAGACGGGCCAGUGAGGGACUUAGUGAAAAUAAAAUGCACAAUGAUGAUCAAGCUGGGAAUGCGGCCUGGGAAGAGAUGGUAAAGGAAGCAGCUACAGCAGCCGCGCUCGGGGGAGCGCGAAGAGCACGAAAAAGAUUUGUGGGUGUUAGACAAAGGCCAUCAGGAAGAUGGGUUGCUGAAAUAAAAGACACCAUACAAAAAAUAAGGGUGUGGUUAGGGACUUUUGACACAGCUGAAGAAGCAGCAAGAGCAUAUGAUGAAGCUGCUUGUUUACUUCGUGGAGCCAAUACUCGUACGAAUUUUUGGCCUAGUUCUUCAUCUUCUUCUUCUACUCCAGCUCUUCCUUCAAAAAUUACCAACCUUCUUCUUAAUAGACUCAAAGCUAGAAAUAAUUCCAUAGCUGCCGCUGCUGUUUCUUCUUCUGAUUCUUCUGAGCCUGUGGAAACUCGUGAUCAGGACAAACAGUUAGAAGAAUACAGAGAUGAAACAGCUUAUUUUUCUGAUUCGCAGUUUAUGGAGUAUCUCAAAGACCCUGAAGAUCAAAUAAUUGAUAAUAGCAUGAGCACCAAUACGUGUGCAAUUGCCAUGAACAAUUUCACAAACACCUUGGACGCAUGCUUGACUGAAAACGAUUACAGUGUAGUUCAGCCAGUGAUGAAAAGCGAUGAAAUUAACUCGAUUGGUGGAGAGAUUAACAAUAAUAUUGUGGAAGUAGACGCAGAAGAAGAAGAUGAGAUUGAAGAGGAAAAUGAUAGUAGUGAUAUAGGAGAUGUAGAGCCAAUUAGUUUCCACUUUGUUGAUGAAAUUGAAUCGUCGUGUUAUUAUUCACCAUUUGAGAUUGCUGACGAGAUUAAUUCAACAGACACAAUGGAUCAGCAGGGGAUAUUUUACGGAGACGAGUCAUGUAUAAGUGAGGCUAUGAGGAGGAUGAAUUACGAGAGGAAAUUCUCAGCAUCACUUUAUGCAUUCAAUGGGAUUACAGAAUGCUUAAAGUUGAAGCUGAAAUCAGGAGGAGUUGUGCAGAGAGAAAGAUCUGAACAAUUAAGCAGACUCAGAAAUGCAUGCAAAAGGAACCGUAAAGAGGAUGAGAAGAAAAUUAAUAAAGAAGGAAUUAGCACAGAAAUGGGUGAAAGAAAGGAAACUGAAUACAGUUCACAAAGUUCAUUAGAAACUGGACAAUCAGAGACUAGUUAUGAAAGUGAAUUGUCUCUCUGGAGCUCAAUUGAUUUACCACCAAUCUGCGCCUUUUUUACUUAGAAAAAAACAUUGUUCUAGGGAUUUUCUUGGUUUCUUUUCUUUUUAGUUGUUGUCUAAUCAGGUAACUUUUGUUUUCACAGGGUCAAGAUGAAGAUUACUCUGUGUUCGUUUAUCUUUUUAAAGAUCAGUAGACACUGAUCUUGGUCUCGGCAAAACAAGGCAUCUAAAGCAUAAUGUUAGAUGUUAUCUUAGAAUUCAUGAGUUUGGUUUGUGGAAUAUAAUAUACGACUUA